AGGACCAUGGCUAAUAAAACCCAGGAGGUUGGUGGCAUCCAUUUCCCUUUUCCCUUCACGCCCUAUUCCAUCCAGAAAGACUUCAUGGCAGAGCUAUACCAGGUGUUAGAGGCUGGCAAGAUUGGGAUAUUCGAGAGUCCAACUGGCACUGGAAAAUCCUUAAGUCUUAUUUGUGGGGCCCUUUCCUGGCUCCGUGACUUUGAACAGAAGAAACGUCAAGAGGAGGCACGUCUCCUUGAAACUGAAGCUGCCCCCUUAAAUGAUGGGAAGGACCAGCCCCCAUUUUGCUCAUCCUUCCGUCAAGAGACCCCCGGCACCCUGAGGCCUGCAGGAGACCCUGACUGGGUUACUCAGUUUGUUCAAAAGAAAGAAGAAAGGGCCCUGGUGGACCGACUAAAGAAGGAGCACACCAGGAGAAAGGAGCGAGAAGAACGCCUGCAGCGGAUGCGGCACAAUGCACAGCUCAAGUAUGCGGCCAAGCGCGAGAGACAGGAAGAAGAAGAGACCGAGCGUCUCCUCUGCCUCAGCAGGGAGGUACUGGCAGCAGGAACAGGGGCCGAGCCGCUAGAGCAGCUGGCAUCUGGGGAGGAGGAGCUGGUCCUCUCCGAGUAUGAGAGUGAUGAGGAGAAAGGAACAGCUGAUGGAUUAGAUGAGGAUGAAGAUGACCUGGAGGAGGAACAUAUAACCAAGAUUUAUUACUGCAGCCGGACGCACUCGCAGCUGGCCCAGUUUGUACACGAGGUCCAGAAGAGCCCCUUUGGCAAGGACACCCGGCUGGUCUCCCUCGGCUCUCGGCAGAACCUUUGUGUAAACGAAGAUGUGAAAAACCUAGGUUCUGUGCAGCUUAUCAACGACCGCUGCAUGGAGAUGCAGAGAAGCAAACACGAGAUCAAGAGCAGAGCCCAGGACGAGGAGGAAAAGGAGCCCAAGAGGAGAAGGCUGGAGCCCCGGGCUGCCUGCCCCUUUUACAACUACAAGCAUCUGCAGCUCCUCCGGGACAAGGUCCUGGUGGAGGUGAAAGACAUUGAGCAGCUGGUGAACCUGGGGAAGGAGGCUGGGGCCUGUCCCUAUUACGGGAGCCGGUUUGCCAUCCCAGCAGCCCAGCUGGUGGUGCUGCCCUACCAGAUGCUGCUGCACGCGGCCACCCGGCAGGCCGCGGGGAUCCGGCUCCAGGGCCAGGUGGUGAUCAUCGACGAAGCGCACAACCUGAUUGACACCAUUACAGGCAUCCACAGCACAGAGGUCAGCGGCUCCCAGCUCUGCCAGGCACAUUCCCAGUUGUCCCAGUACAUGGAACGAUACAGGAAGCGUUUGAAGGCCAAGAACCUGAUGUACAUCAAACAGAUCCUGUAUCUACUGGAGAAGUUUGUGACAGUGCUGGGUGGGAACAUUAAGCAAAAUCCCAAUAUGCAGAGCCUCUCACGGACAGGGACAGAGCUGAAGACCAUCAAUGACUUCCUCUUUCAGAGCCAGAUUGACAAUAUCAACCUGUUCAAGGUGCAGCGCUACUGUGAAAAAAGCAUGGUCAGCAGAAAGCUCUUUGGCUUCACAGAAAGGUAUGGGGCAGUCCUCGCACUCCCCAGGGAGCAGCCCAGACUGGCUGGGUUCCAGCACUUCCUGCAGAGCCUGCAGCCGGGGGUGACUGAGGCUCCUGCAGCUCCGGUGGAGGAUGGGGAGGCCAGAGCACCUCGGUCUGCUUCUCCACUGAUGCACGUAGAAGGCUUCCUUGCAGCUCUCACCACUGCCAACCAGGAUGGCAGGGUCAUCCUCAGCCGCCAAGGCAGCCUCAGUCAGAGCGGUCUGAAGUUCUUGCUCCUGAAUCCAGCGGUACCUUUCGCCCAGGUGGUGAAGGAAUGCCGGGCAGUGGUCAUUACUGGGGGCACCAUGCAGCCGGUGUCUGACUUUCGGGAACAGCUGCUGGCAUGUGCUGGGGUGGAAGCCGCACGAGUGGUGGAGUUUUCCUGUGGUCAUGUGAUCCCUCCGGACAACAUCCUGCCCCUCAUCAUCUGCAGUGGGCCCUCCAGCCAGCAGCUGGAGUUCACAUACCUGAAAAGAGAGCUGCCUCAGAUGAUGGAGGAGACUGGUCGCAUCCUCUGUAACCUGUGCAACGUGGUCCCUGGAGGGGUGGUCUGUUUUUUCCCCUCCUAUGAGUACCUACGCCAGGUCCAUGCCCACUGGGACAAGACUGGCCUGCUGGCCCGCCUGGCCGUCAGGAAAAAGAUAUUUCAGGAACCCAAGAGAGCUAGCCAGGUGGAGCAGGUGCUGACGGAUUAUUCCAGGUGCAUUAAGUGCUGUGGUCAGCUGGGAGGCGCGGUGACAGGAGCUCUGCUGCUCUCGGUGGUCGGAGGAAAGAUGAGUGAGGGCAUCAAUUUCUCUGACAACCUUGGCCGGUGUGUGGUGGUGGUGGGGAUGCCCUACCCCAACAUCAAGUCUCCAGAGCUCCAGGAGAAGGUGGCCUACCUGGAUCACACCCUCCCCCGAAGCCCAGGUCAGCCCACCCCAGGGAAGGCUUUGGUGGAGAACCUGUGUAUGAAGGCUGUCAACCAAUCUAUAGGCAGGGCCAUCAGGCACCAGAAAGAUUUUGCCAGCAUAGUGCUCCUGGACCAGCGGUAUGCCCGCCCACCGAUCUUGGCAAAGCUGCCAGCCUGGAUCCGAGACCGCGUGGAAGUCAAAGCCACCUUUGGCCCUGCCUUUGCUGCUAUACGGAAGUUUCAUCAUGAGAAGUCUGGCCUUUCCUGAGGGACAGCCGCAACCCUGUCUGAAGUCCAGACCAGCCAGUGUCCUUCUGGAAUCGUUGGGCUGUCAGCAUCCGGGAAUAGGUGGAAAAGCCAAUAGGAGAAAGUCCGGUUAACCCUGAAUGAACAGUGGGUCCUGGCCAUCUUUGGGCCCAGCCCAGGGCAGUUCCGCUCCCGGAAGUUGAAUCUUUCUUCCUGUCGAAAGCUCUCUUCCAUGGCCCGUCGAGCUCCCUGCCCUGUUUUUGGCCAUCCUUUCCGGGCUGCUGUGGCGGCUGCAGCCCACUGUAGCAUCUGUCCUUCGGUUCUCAGCAUCCACUGAGACACAAGAUGGAACGGGCCCAUCCUGCCUCUCCCCUUUGUCACUAAAAUCAGCUAUUACAGAUAUUUACCCUUUCCUCAAAUUGAACAGGGUUCCCCAUUUCUGGUCCCCUGGUGUCCAGGGCGCUCCUGCCUUCCAUAAGAACUGGGAACAGAGCCCCGUGCCCCGCUUGCUGGCCUGCGGGCCUCACCGCUACUUCAGGGCUGGCCCCUCACCUGUCCCACAGCCUCUGGAACAUUCUCCUCCCUGGCUUGGCUCCAGCUCCUCCUCCUCCUAAGUCGCACCUCUCCCCCUCUCAGCCAUUCGAGCAAACUCCAAGACACCUCUUCCCCUGACAUUAGCAAUUAUGCCAAGGGCCAUUAGGCUCUCAGCAUGACUAUUUUUAGACACCUUGUGUCUGUCACUGAGACACUUUUUCCUGUGUGAAAAUAUCCCUCCCUCCGUCUGUAACUGCUGCUCCUGUUGACUGUACCUCUCCUCUCCCUGACCCCACAGAAAGGGGCUCGGUCCACUCAGCACUCUGCCCCAGCGCCUGAGACCAGCGGGAGGUCAGGCCUGCACAGCGGCAGUUCCUCAAUUAAAAGUGCACUGUUGCUUUAUGCUCA